GGAAUGCUUGUGCGGACGUGCUCCGUGCCUCGUUGUCGGCUGGCCGCGCUCCACGGAGAGGGCCGAUGCCCCCGGGCCCAGAGCGCCCAGAGGUCCGCAGCCGCUUGUGGCUCACACUACGUGUUUGCUACCGUUCUGCACGCGUGCGAUGGCAGCUCCCCUCGGCCGCGCGCUCUUGGCCGCGGCCGUUGCGGUGUCGGGUCGGGUGUUCGGCCUGACCGCCGCCCCCCUGUCGAGGGACGUCCGCGGCCCAGACGGCGAGACGAGCAGGGAGGAGAUCGACAGGUGGCUGGACGAGGCCUCCGAGAAGAGCGAGGCCCUCGAGCAGGAGACGCAGUCCGUGCUGGACGAGAUCGCCAAGUGGAUCUGGGAGGACCCGCAGGCCAGGGAGGAGCAAGAGCUAGAGAUGCUGGAGGGCAUCCUGUCCAAGUGGGACGCCGAGAACGAGACGCGGGUCGAAGAGACGGCCCGGCGCAUGGCGGCGAUCGCGUUUCGCCGAGAGCUGCAGGCUUUGGUGAAGGCAAGGACCACGCGGCCGGCGCUGACGCUGACCAGGGAGGCGGCAUGGAAGAUGGCGACACCGCCGAGCAAGGAGCUGGCAUAUGCGGCCAACCCGGCGGACACGAUCGAGAAAUCGGAGGCUGGGGAGUCUUUCCCGGAGGUCGGGCUCGUCACCAAGGAGUUCAGGAACUUGGAGGCGGCCAGGGCGUUCAGAGGCCUGGCGGCGGAGGAGCUCAUCGACAGCAUACCGCGCGGCAAGAAGGCGAGGCGCCGCCACUACCGUCCAGCGCCACACGCGUCCAAAAGGACGAGGGAAAUGGUCGCCCAGGCGAUAGAGAGCUGGCUGCCCGAGGCUGCAAAGGAGACCUCCGAGAUCGACUCAGUGUAUGCGUCUGCUAACCAGAAGCUGGGCGAGCAACUGGAGACGAUUGCGAAGGAGCAGGCGGCCGACCAGGAGCUGCUCCACCAGCUGGGGAACGUCUCCACCGAGCAGGAGGAGGACGUCGUCCCAGAGGCAGACAAGGAGCUGGCGAUCCUGCAGGGCAUCUGGGACAGGUACGAGUUCGAGAGCAGAGCCGUCAGCGCGGAGGACCUGGCCGAGAGCCUGCACCUGAUGCAGGACCCCAGCGGGUGGUACAGCGAGGCCCUGAGGGCGUUGCACCAGAUCGGCCAGGGCGAGCCCGAGGCGCCCGAGAUCACGAGGCUGCGCGAGACGGUCGACAGGCUGGAGUCCGACCUGGAAGCGGUAGAGGAAGCGCUGAAGGAGGAGCUGGCGCAGGCCCCCGAGGAGUCUGGCCCCGCGAGGGCGCGCGCGAGCCAGCGCAUGGCUGCGCUCCGCCGCCAGACGACAGAGGCCGUGGCCGCAGCGGUCAGGGCCAGGAUCGACUCGCGCUUGGAGCGCGCCCGCAAGGGGCCCUAGAUCCUUGCAGUGCUUCGCACCGAGCGGCAGGCUUCUUCAGUCGCCGCGCAGGAAGGCCAGGCUGCACUCAUGGCGAGGGUCCUGGCGAGGGUCGGCCAUGCCGCCCCGCCGCCGCAGUGCGCCGCCGCCGCCGCCCCAUCCGGUGCCCUGAGCCUUCGUAAACACACGCGCGCGCGCGCGUCGCCGAGCUGCUGCCUCGUAAGGCCUCCUCGUCGUCAAGCAGAGCCGUGGCGAGAAGGACCUCCAGAAAACUCCGACCACGCCCGACUCGAGACUCAGGCUCCUCCCCGUCGCUCUGCCACACAGGAAUCAGAGGGUAGCUGAAGACGUGAGCUCCUUCGUGGCCCUCCAUCAUCAGCAUCAUCUCCCUCAUCCUCCUCCCCGUCUCCACGCCUUCCUACCCCCUCCGCACCGAGGGCCCGCGCGUGCCGCGUGCGAUACCCGCGCUCAGCGGGCGGCUGAGGCGAGGAUACUCGGGCGGAGAGCCUGGGGGUUCGGUCAGCGGUGCCUUUCUU